AUGAAAUCCUUAACCAUCUUAGCAUUUAUUCUCUUAUCAAUUAUUGCUGUUUCAUCAGCCUUACCAUCACAUAAUGAUCAACUUGAAAAACGAACCUACCCUUGUCUUCAUAAGAGGAACGUGUUGGGUAAAAGGACGGAAGAAAGAAGGUGUCCUUGCGCUCUUGCAGAAUCAAUAUUUGAUGGCACAUCGGGUCCAGUUAAAGGUCUCAUGGUUUACGCUCAAGAUGAGUGUGGCAGCACUACUAUCACAGGUCUUUUCAGUUCAGGUUUCGAAGACACAACCAAAAAUUAUACCUUUAGCAUCGUUGAUUUUUGCGGUAAAGUCAUCCGUGACCUCACGGAUGAUUUGAACAUAGAAUUCUCUGAGGGAGGUAGCAAAGCUUUCAAAAGCAAGGUUGAUUUCAACCUUAACUGUGACAAGGAAGGUAUCCUAUUCACGGAGAACAGCAAACCAGGAUUAAACAAACGUACUUGCAAUGCAUUUUCCAAACGUCAAGCUGACCCAAAUAAACCACCUAACGUUUUUAUGCGUAUCAAUGAAGCUGGUGACAACUAUGCUCAGGCGGAUAUUUUUGAACUCUAA